AUGAGUACAGCUCCACCGCCAUGGCGAGCCACGGCUACGCCCGUGUAUUCAUCAAGUAUGUCUCCUGCGUAUACCCAGGUCCAGGCACAACGCACUCUCACCCAUCAUUCUUCUGAAUCCACGGCUACGGCUACGGCUACGGCUAUACCGGACCAAGGAGAAUCGUCAGCACCAAAAUCGGCAGAUUCCCAGUCCGGGAAGUCCAAAAUUGACUGGCCACCAGCCGUCCGCCAGUAUGUACAGCGCAGCUUUGUUCCUGAGUUCCAGAUCGCAAAUGUUAGCCGGUUGGAAAUGGAACGGAAGCUCAAGCAAGUUAUCACAGAGGCUGCAGAAAGUGGUAAUCUGCAUACCGUCGACUGGGACAACUUGCCGUUGCCGCAACAGAUGAUCUUGAAUGAACGGAAUAAUACUCUCACUUCUGUACCUUCUUCACAGUCCAUUUGGGGUACGAAGUCACAAGAAAAUGGUUCACAGAAACAAAAGAAAACAAAGGAAGAACCCCCAAAGAAAAGGAAAUCGGCAGAAUUUAGUGCAGGAAAUGAUGAGAUGGAUAACACCCCUCCUUGGAGAAAAACUAACACACGAAAUGGUUUUGAAGACCGCAUUAGUUACCCUUCUACAGUUGAUAAACGGCGACGGAUAGAUAACAACAAUAACAUCAACAGCAAAAAUUCAAGUAAGUUCAAAUAUAAUCUGGAGCUGCGAAAACGACGCUUUGAGCAUCCGCAUUCGGGAUACCAGUCAUCUCAGACCGGCAGUUCUUCUCGAGAUGAAUCACCAGAUGUGGGCGGAGGGCCCAUCAUCGGACGUUGUCAGACAUUGGAGAAGAACUAUUUUCGUUUAACUUCUGCCCCCAAUCCUGAUGCUGUUCGUCCUUUGCCCGUGCUGCAGAAAAUGCUGGAUUUGUUGAAGAAAAAGUGGCGUCUCGAGAAUAACUAUACCUAUGUUUGCGAUCAGUUCAAGUCUAUGCGCCAGGAUUUGACCGUGCAGCACAUCAAAAAUGAGUUUACAGUGAACGUUUAUGAAAUACACGCCCGGAUUGCGCUGGAAAAAGGGGACCUUGGUGAGUAUAAUCAAUGCCAAACGCAACUGCGGGCAUUGUAUUCGCAGAACAUUGGAGGACAUCCCAUGGAGUUCAAGGCAUAUCGUAUCCUAUAUUUUAUCCACACUCGCAACCGGACAGCCAUCAACGAUGCCCUGGCAGAUCUAACUACCGCAGACAAACUGGAUCCCGCUGUGAAACACGCCCUCGAUGUUCGAUCGGCUUUGGCAUUGGGGAAUUACCAUCGAUUCUUUCAACUUUAUUUGGACACCCCAAAUAUGGGUGCAUAUCUCAUGGAUAUGUUCGUUGACCGGGAGCGCCUUGCUGCACUCGCAUGCAUUUGUAGAGCGUAUAAACCUGACGUAAAGAUAAGAUUCAUCACUGAGGAACUUGGCUUUGAGUCCGAUGAACAGGCCGCCCGAUUUAUAUUAGACCAUGCCCAAGAGGAUUUGCUCCAGGAGAAACCUGAUGGGGUUAAGCUCCUUACCGGAAAAGCUGGACAGGUUUUCCAAUUGGCGAAAACGGAAGCUCAUAAGGUGGUCGAUAUAAAAGGGCAGAUCUAA